UUAUUUUUACUAACCUAUCCCUGAAAACAGAUACAUGUAAACGAAUAUAAAUGACAACCUGACAAGUUACUAAAUUGUAAACAUCAACAAUGUGGGGACAUAGAUCAUUUAUAUUUAAUUGUCAUCAUUUCUAUUAAUUAUUGUAAACUUCUGAAGUGACGUUUAUAUAUUUCGCGAAUUCAUGAAAUGAUACAUAAAAAGUAAUUGACAAAUCUGUUAUGGAGACGUCUGCUUUAAAUGCUGCACAUGAAAGCGAAAGAAGAGCGGAAGCGUUUUUGCGUGAAGGAAAAUUUGAGGAAGCAGCAAAGUGCCAUGAAAGAGUUGCAAAUCUAUUAACAGAAGCUCAUUCAAAAUUAGAAACUCGACAAUUAGAAUCAAAUUCCUGUAAUUCGGAUAAUCAGGGUUCCAUGUAUAUAAAACCCUCGAUUCAAUCAUUAGCAACACUUGAAUCUCUCGCUCUUCAACGAGAUUAUCAUACUAGACAAGCUAGCAUAGUUAGAAUGAAACAGGCUCGAUAUGAAGAAUAUAAAGCAACAUUAGAAGCUCAAAGGCGAGAUUUGUACAGUAAGCAAGAAAUCAAUAAAAGAUUUGAUGACAAUGUGAAUGGAGUUUUAGAUAAGUGUGAAUGUUCAUUAAAGCAAGCAAUUUAUCGAACUAUAGAUGAACAUGAUAGUCUAUUAAAUGUACUUGAAUUACCAUCAUCACAAUCGGAAAAAGGUCAAGACAGUAAAAAAUACAAGCAUCCAAAGGAUACAGGAACUGUCAUUGAAGAAUUACGAACUGUUAAUACACAGUUGAGAUCAUUGGUCGGCAGUUUACUUAGUCAAUUAGAGGAGAAAGAAGAUCAAGUUCGACAACUUACUGAGCGUUUACAUGAAAUCUCAGUCGACACAAGUGAAGAAAUUCAUGCCGAUGAAUCUCAUUCUUUACGAUUAGCACCACUUCCACCGUUAACGCCACUUGAAAUGCCACGUUUCGAUUUUAAAUAAACUUAAAUGAAUAUAAACGUUAAACAAUUUUUUGUUUCUAAAGAAAUCGUUUAUUUUUCCUUCGUGUCAAUAAUAUUAUUAAUUUAUCAACAAAGAUAAAAGUUUCAUUAAUUACGAGAACCAGUUAAUGUAAUUACAUGUAGUUGGGUAAAUAUUUAUUUUUGUCUUUAAAGUUAAAAUACUUUAAAGAAAAUUUAGUGUUGAUUUUAAAGUUUGUUAAACAAAAUUAUACUCGCUUCGAGUAAAAAUUAAAAUAAAAUUAAUUAUUAUAUAUACAUAUAUAUG